AUGGUGCUCUUGACUUCCGGGACUGUCGCAACCCUGCUCAUUCCAAUCACCUGUGUGUGCACAUUCAGCAUUUUUCUCGCUGGAUAUGCUCUCCAACAACACUCGGUGCGCAAAAUACAGGAUGCAAUACGGCCAUAUGAUGUAAUACCAACGAUUCCUGACGAAUUCUCACACGAUAACACGCGAGAAACGAUAACGGAUCCCAAAACCGGCGAGCUUGUGACGAUCAAUAAAGGCAAUUUCGCCUAUGUGCAGCUUCUCUCCGAACCAAACCCAUCUGAUAUAUGCUCUUCAAUUCUAUUUUUCAAGAAACUUAUUGAUGGGGAAUCCGAAAUCGGAGAUCGCCUGUUUAUGUACCCUGAAGAAUGGGAUAUGAUCGCCUCGUCAGAUCCGAAUAUCAAUGCGGCGCUUUCUACGCUGCAGACCGCGAGCAAGAAAUACGACUUUUGGCUUCUUCCAAUCAGCAUGAAUCUUGUUACGCAGCAAGGCUACUCACUCACCGACUCGAAACUGCUUCGCCUGGGCGAGAUCCAAUUCAUGCGAUAUGACAGCGUGCUAUAUCUCCGAUCACCCGGUUUCUUACUCGACGCGAAGGAGCUCGACAAAAUGCUGCUGAGCAGACCUCUGCCACUCAAAUAUGACAUCAACCGCUUAGAGUCUUACCGCAACGAGGCCUGGAUAGGCAUGCCCCUACUCGCACAUCAAGAGGCCAGAUUGCCACCAGUCUAUUUAAUUUCGGUGAACACUAUGCGUAAUCGAGUCGAAGCCCGUACGCAUAUUCCAAAUGUGGCCAUGCGCGGAUUCGGUGACUUGGCUGCCGGGCCGACUUAUAAGUGUACGAGCGGCAUUGAUCCUGCAUAUGUCUUCUUUGAAUGGGAUGAGGACAGACACAACACCAAGCAGGAGGAUAAUCCAUAUUAUCACCAGUGGCGAAAGGAGCAGACUCAAGUCUGCAAGGAAGUCAAUUUUGAUUUAUAUUAA